GCUUUAUCAUCCGUGGUGGCUUUGGGAGCGAAUAUCAUCUGCAAUAAAAUCCCAGGGUUGGCGCCUCGGCAAAGAGCGAUCUGCGAAAGCCGCCCAGAUGCCAUCAUAGUUAUUGGCGAAGGGGCACAGAUGGGGAUCAAUGAGUGUCAGUACCAGUUCCGCUACGGGCGGUGGAAUUGCUCGGCGCUAGGGGAAAGGACCGUCUUCGGCCAAGAGCUGCGAGUAGGCAGUCGGGAGGCCGCAUUCACGUACGCCAUCACUGCUGCCGGAGUUGCCCACGCUGUGACAUCGGCAUGCAGCCAGGGCAACCUGAGUAACUGCGGCUGUGACCGGGAAAAACAAGGCUACUAUAACCAGGAGGAAGGCUGGAAGUGGGGAGGCUGCUCGGCUGACAUUAAAUACGGCAUCGAUUUCUCCAGGAAAUUUGUAGACGCGCGAGAAAUCAAGAAGAAUGCACGUAGGCUCAUGAACUUGCACAACAACGAGGCGGGAAGAAAGGUGCUGGAAGAAAAGAUGAAGCUGGAGUGCAAAUGUCACGGUGUUUCGGGCUCCUGUACCACAAAAACCUGCUGGAACACAUUGCCUAAAUUCCGGGAAAUUGGAUUCGUGCUGAAGGAGAAGUACAAUGACGCGGUACAUGUGGAGGUGGUGAGAGCCAAUCGCUUGCGGCAGCCCACCUUUUUGAAGAUCAAAAAAGUCCGCAGUUACCAGAAACCCAUGGAGACGGACUUGGUCUACAUUGAGAGGUCCCCCAACUACUGUGAGGAGGACAGCGCCACCGGGAGUGUGGGGACGCAGGGACGGCUUUGUAACCGCACUUCUCCGCACACAGACGGCUGCGAUCUUAUGUGCUGUGGGCGUGGCUACAAUACCCACCAGUAUACGAAGGUCUGGCAAUGCAACUGUAAGUUCCACUGGUGCUGUUUUGUGAAAUGCAAUACCUGCAGUGAAAGGACAGAGGUUUUCACCUGCAAAUAAGGCACUCCGGUGAUGGGCAUUGGAAAAACACGGACCAUUGUGGCGUCAUUUUGCACACUUUAUAAUUUUCUUUGCCAUAGAAAAUUAUGCCUCUUGGUCCCUCCUUAAAAGGGGUCGCAUCCAUGGUCCUUGGCCGGUGUCCGAGUUGUAGCGUCUUCAUCAGGCGUUGAGUCGAGAACCAUUAAAGCGGAGCAUCAUCAGGCACUGGAGGGGGGGAGAAGACAGUGAUUGGCUUUUACUCUCUCAACAACAACAAAAAAGCUACGUGGGUGUUGUAGAUAUUUUUUUAAAUUAUAAAUAUCACAGAUGUCCGAAUGUAAGAGAAAAACAAAAAAAUCUGAAGACGGUGAUGGAAGGGACCAAAAUGAAGCCUCAACGAGACAAGAAAGAAAAUGGAUAAGAACAAAAAAACUUGGGUUCCAUAAAUAAAAUUUAUCUUAUCACUGGAACUAUAAUAAUGAACA